CGUUCGCGAUGGAAACGUGUCCGCUUGAUGCCUUGUGGCACAUCAUGGCGUUCUUGCCGUCCAUGGACCUGGCAUCGUGCUACGCCCUGAACAAGUCAAUCCAUUCCGCUUGGACGUCCUUUUUGGGGGAGAUGCGCAUCAUCAACAUGUCGUACAGCCUCGAGAAGCACCGACAUGCCGUGACGACGUUGGUACGACAUGCAUCGCGAGCAAGGCAAGUUGUGUUGACAGGGAGCCACACCCUCAUCACGGACACAUAUUUCAACGGAACGCUUGCAGUGUACUUGAACAAGAUGGACCACCUCGUUCAUGUGUCAGUGUCCUACUGCACCAAGUUAUCGGAAUUGUUGCUGUCGUCGCCAACUCUCGAGUCGCUACACUUGUCUGGAUGCGAUCAACUAACCGAUCUCGAGCUCCAGUGUCCCCGACUGAAUUCUCUCACGUGCGCGUGGUGUCGAUCGCUGAACGUCCCCAAGUUCGUCACCUCGAGCGAUGUACCAAACUUGACCCAACUUGUCCUGACCGGAUGGGACCCAACUGCCGCGUCGGCGAAUGUCCACGUCGACCACCUCCUGCGCACGUGUCCCACGGUCACGUUUCUCAACGUCAGCAACGUUUCGUUCUCGAACGCAGGACUCCAUGCGAUCUUUGCCAGUUCGUCACUUCGAUCGGUUGUGUUCUCGCAGCCCCAAGCCAACGUCUGGGUCGAUGGCACUUGGUCGCUGGAGGAGCUCGAUGCGUGCCGCCGUCGCCGUCCUGACGUCCAAGUCCUCCUCCUGUAAGCUCUUGUUUCCGUCAAAACCAUUCAAACCGAUCCUCCACCAUGACGCGAUCGUAUGGCAAGUGAGGUGGUAUGGCGCCACCGCGACGCCUCGUAGCCAUCGCCGUCAUCGCACACCCAUCCUAUAUCGAAUGCGCGAGUCUACGAAACGAGACAUGCGCGCGUAGACACAAGAUGUAGAGCCCAGGCCCAAGUCAGUCCAAGAAAGAGUCGCUGGGUGGCGACCCCACCGCCCGUGGAGAUAUGCACCUCCUGGGUAUAUCUUCCAUCACCCAGCCUGCCUUUACUGCCGCCGCCCGCUUCUGUUGCCCCGUCUGUUCCAUCACCUCGUCUGCCCAAUCAACUCGCCCGACAUGAAGACUGGAUUUUAUGAAUUUUUUUCGCUCAAAAUAGACAGAA